AUGAAGCAACUAACGUCAACUCUCAUAGGCAGUAAAAGGAAGCACCAUUCUAAUAANUCUUUUACAUCAUUAGGAGCAAAGAUUGACAAAUCUAUAAACAAUGGUUCUUGCCCACCAAUGUUUAGGAUUAGUGGUCAGGAUUUUCAUCUAAUGGGAGGCCUAAGACCCCAAGAUGGUAGCAGCCCAAAAUUUGCCCAACUGUACAUACAUGACACAGAGAAUGAAAUCCAAAAUCGCAUCAAUGCAUUCGGGGGUAACAAUGAUGACGGCAAACUACAGGAAGAUAUAGUGGAAGAUAUUAAGCAAGAUUUGGAUGAGCAUAAUGUGUUAGUUAAAACAUUCCGUUUUGCAAAAUCCAAAAUGGAGAAUAAUCCAAGUGUAGAGUAUAAGAUAAGGUUGAUUGGCAAGCGAAACGGUGAUGCACGGACUUACAACUUACCAACUGCAUCAGAGGUUGCUGCUUUAAUUGUAGGAGAUUUAUCCGCUACGUCAGGUAACCGAGAUAUUUUGGUGGAGACUAAUGCAGGAUCCCUAAAGAGGAUAAAUGAGCUUAACCCAGCGUAUUUGCCGUUGCAAUAUCCGUUACUGUUUCCCUAUGGAGAAGACGGAUAUAGGGAAGAUAUUCAAUUCAACAUCUCGAGGAAGAAGGAAAGUGGAGGUAGAGUCCGUGUUUCACAACGUGAGUUCUUCGCAUAUAGGAUGCAUGACAGGUUUAAUGAAGUGUCAACAAUACUAUAUGCCAAGAGACUGUUCCAACAAUUUUUGGUCGAUGCAUACACCAUGGUUGAAUCCAGCAGGUUGUUGUUUAUUAGGAACAAUCAAAAGGCUUUAAGGUGUGAAGCCUACAAAGGACUAUCCGAUGCAUUGACUAGAGGUGAAGUGGAUACAGCCCGUCAAGGUAAACGAAUCAUCUUACCAUCCAGCUUCACAGGCGGGGCUAGGUACAUGAUUCAGAAUUACCAGGAUGCGAUGGCUAUCUGUAGACACAAGGGAUAUCCAAAUUUGUUUAUAACGUUUACCUGUAAUCCAAAGUGGCCAGAAAUACAAAGGUACUUGAAAAAAUGUCAGCUGAAGGCUGAAGACAGACUUGAUAUUGUAUGUAGGGUCUUCAAAAUGAAGCUUGAUUGUUUGGUUAAAGAGAUAAGGAUAGGUCAUCUCUUUGGUGUUGUCACAACAGUUGUCUAUACUAUUGAAGUCCAAAAGCGUGGGUUACCACAUGCCCACAUUUUAAUCUUCCUUGAAAGAGUACAAAGCUUAUCAACAGCCGCAUGCAUGGACAAUUUCAUUUCUGCUGAAAUUCCAGACAAAGAGGAAGAUUAUGAGUACUACAAAGCUGUAGAAGAAUUUAUGAUUCACGGACCGUGUGGACUACACAAGAAAACCUCUCCAUGCAUGGUGAACAACAAGUGUUCUAAACACUUUCCGAAGAAAUUUGUUGAGGUUUCUUCUUGGGAUGCUGAAGGCUACCCAAUAUACAAGCGUUCUGAUAAUGGUAGAUUUGUGCAAAAGAAUGAGAUCCAAUUAGAUAGUCGAUACGUGGUUCCACAUAAUAGAUACCUACUUCUCAAAUACAAAGCACACAUUAAUGUUGAAUGGUGUAACCAGUCGAGGUCAAUCAAGUACCUCUUCAAGUAUGUCAACAAAGGAAAUGACAGGGUGACUGCUGAGUUCUAUAAGAGUACUAACGAGGAUGGUCAAGAUGAGGUUGUUGAUGAAAUAAGCAUGUUUUAUGAUUGCAGAUAUGACGAUGACAAGAUAGAAGAUGUUCUCAACAGACCCACGGUAAAUCAAAGCAUGUUCACUGCAUGGUCCGAUGCAAACAAGACUUUUGAUGCUGCUAAACAAUUGGCUUAUAUUGACAUGCCUACCAAGUUUGUUUGGAAGAAGGAUAUCAGACAGUGGCAUCCACGGAAAAGGGGAUUCGCAAUUGGUCGCAUCUUUUAUGUCCCUCCGGGAAGUGGUGAAAUAUAUUAUUUGAGAUGUCUGUUGAAUGUAGUUCGGGGUCCUACAAAUUUUGAAGACAUCAAGACCUUUCAAGGUGUCACAUAUCCGACUUUUCGAGAUGCAUGCUAUGCAAGGGGUUUGUUAGACGAUGAUAAAGAAUACAUCGAUGCAAUCAAUGAAGCAAGCGAGUGGUCUACUGCAAAGGCAAUGAGAAGACUUUUUGUAAUUUUAUUAACGUCCAACUUGGUGAGUAGACCUGAAAAUGUUUGGAAUGCAGUAUGGCAUCACCUUGCUGAAGACAUGCAAUACAACAGACGAACAGCCUUGCAGGAUAAAGAUAUUUGUUUAUCGGAGGAGGAAAAAAAGAAUUUAGCAUUGAUUGAGAUUGAGCGACUGUUACAGUUAUACAAUAAGUCUUUGAAAGAUUAUCCUCAAAUGCCAAUUCCAAAUUUUGACGAUUCAUGGUUAGUUCAUAAUCGUUUGGUUUUUGAAGAGUUGGCUUAUGACCGUGCUGCACUAGGUAAGGAGACCGAACAAAUGGAGGAGCAGCUAACUGAUGAACAAAGAGUGGUUUAUGAUACUGUUAUCAAUGAUGUAAGCCAAAACAUGGGUGGUCUGUAUUUCGUUUAUGGCUAUGGAGGUACAGGAAAAACAUUUGUUUGGAAGGCAAUAUCAUGCAAGAUCCGAUCCAUGGGAGAUAUUGUAAUCAAUGUUGCGUCAAGUGGCAUCGCAUCACUGCUACUACCUGGAGGAAGAACAGCACAUUCUAGGUUUGCAAUACCAAUUGUGUUAACAGAGGACUCCACAUGCAACAUCAUGCCUGGCAGCCAACUUGCAGAACUCAUGACUAUGGCUAAACUUAUUAUAUGGGAUGAAGCACCAAUGAUGCACAGACACUGUUUUGAAGCUCUAGACAGAACUAUGCGCGAUCUAAUGAGAUCAAAAGAUCCUCACAGUGAGGGGAAAACCUUUGGAGGAAAAACAGUUGUAUUUGGAGGUGACUUUAGACAAAUACUGCCAGUCAUUCCUAAAGGAUCUAGACAAGAUAUUGUCCAAGCAACAAUAAAUGCUUCUUAUCUUUGGGCAACAUGUAAAGUACUUAGGCUGACCAAAAAUUUGCGACUAAAUACCAUGCAACCGGGGGUUAAUAUGCAACAAGUGCAAGAAUUUGCAACAUGGUUAGCUGAUAUUGGUGAUGGCAAAGUCGGAGGACCCAACGAUGGUUAUGCAAAUGUGCAAAUCCCUUCUGAGAUGUUAUUGCCAUCAUCUGGUGACAAUAUAUCAACAAUAGUUGAUACCAUAUUUCCAUUGUUCAAGGAAAGGGGAUGCGAUGAAGAGUACAUGAAAAGCCGUGCCAUACUAGCUCCAACACUUGAUGUCGUCAACGCCAUCAAUGAAUAUAUGAGUGACUUACAUAUUGCUGAGAGUAAGACUUACCUCAGUUGUGACACGGUAUGUAAAUCAGACUCAAGUAAUGGUGUACUUUCUGAUAUGCAUACUCCUGAAUUUCUAAAUGGUCUGAAAGCCUCUGGCAUACCAAAUCAUGCAUUAACGUUAAAGGUUGGAUCACCAAUAAUGCUCUUGAGGAACAUAGAUCACGCACUUGGACUUUGUAAUGGAACAAGACUGGUGAUUACAAGGUUAUCUAAUCAUGUUGUUGAAGCAAAGAUUGUAACUGGUUAA